AUGGUCUCACGUGUUGCUGCAGUGAAGGCACCCCGCACACACAACCAUCGCCGUGUGACCGGAUCCAGCGGAAGGAGGAGGGAAGGAGGAGAGAGUGAGCCGCAGAGGCCCAACAUGUCCCGGCGUGUGUUUACUUCCGCGGUGCUGCUGCUCCUCGUCGUGAUGAUGUGCUGCGGCGGUGGUGCUGCAUCCAGUCAGGACAUGCCGUCGUCAAGUCAGGGAGCUUCGUCGGAGAAAUAUUACGUUUGGACGGAGAAGAAAGGGGGUGAAACUGUGGGUUUGCUCCGUGUUCCCGGUCUUGUUGAGAUGAAUGGCGAAGUAUUUGCCGUUGCCGAGGCGCAGUUGAAGGGUGAAAGCGAUUUUAAUGGGAUUGCCUCGGAGCUCUUGACGUUAACUGGCCAGGAAUCAAAAGAAUUGGUUAAAGCUCAAGUGGAGACACAAGUGCUGGUGGAAUGUUCUCCCGACAAAAAGAAUUGUGCCUCCCAUUCAGAAGUUUCGGCUGGCUCUCAGAGUGAGAAGAGAGUACAUGUGAGCCGACCAACAACAGUUGUGAAGGGAAGUGAUAUUUACAUGCUUGUUGGGAAAUACAGCCGGACAGCUGCCGCUUGUGGUGCUCCGGGGAGUCGUGCAGGUGUCUCUGGACUUUUGCUAGUGAAAGGGGAAGUCAGUGAUGAGGAAAGUGGCAGUGAAAAAAGAAUCCAAUGGAAUGAGAACCAGCGACUGACCGGCACCUUUUCUGAUGAUGAACACAAAUGCUUGACGCAGCUGAUAGGCGGUGGUGGAUCGGGCAUUAAGACUAAUGACGGUACUUUUUUGUUUCCAGUGGAAGCUAGAAAGAAGCAGAACGAGGACGGAAACACAAAGACUGUUUCACUGAUCCUAUACUCGAAGGAUACUAAUACGAAUUGGAAGCUGUCGAAUUGGAUGUCUGACGGUGGCUGCGGUGAUCCCUCCGUCGUGGAGUGGAAGGACAAACUCAUGAUGAUGACUGCGUGUGAUGAUGGCCGCCGUAGGGUGUACGAGUCCGCUGACAAGGGGGAUUCGUGGACGGAGGCACUCGGGACGCUCUCGCGCGUGUGGGGCAACAAACAAAAGGGAAAUGUGAAGGGCGUUGGAAGCGGGUUCAUCACAGCGAGGAUUGAGAACAGGGACGUGAUGCUCGUCACUCUGCCGGUGUACGCCAAAAAAGAAGAAAAGGAAAGUGUGGAAAAGGGUGAACUCCAUCUUUGGCUGACGGACAAUACGCACAUUGUUGAUAUUGGGCCGGUAUCUGUGGAAGGAGACGAUGUUGCCGCCAGCUCCCUGUUGUACAAAAGCGGAGAUAAUAAUGAGUUGAUUGCACUGUACGAGAAGGAGGGCGAUGGGGAUACACCAUCACUCGGUAUGGUCUCUGUGCGUCUGACUGAGCAGCUGGAGAAGGUAAAGGAAGUGUUGAAGACCUGGAAGAAAGUGGACGAACGUGUCUCCCAGCUGUGCCCUUCAACUGCUGCGAAGGUUGCAUUACCUCAAAAUGUCUGCAGCGCUGGUAAGAUCACGGCUGGGCUGGUUGGCUUUUUGUCUGGCAGCUUUUCCGAGAGCACAUGGAGGGACGAGUACCUCGGGGUGAACGCCACAGUAAAGGGUGGUGCAGCAAAGGCAAAGACUUCCGAUGGAGUGACGUUCCAUGGAGCGUGGGCGGAGUGGCCCGUUGGCGCGCAGGGGGAGAAUCAGCUGUACCACUUUGCGAACUACAACUUUACUCUUGUGGCGACGGUGUCCAUCGACGGUGUGCCGAAGGGAGAUACUCCCAUUCCUUUGAUGGGUGUGAACAUGAAGGGUGAACAAGGGAAAUUUUUUGGGUUGUCGUACGAGAAAGAAAGGAAGUGGAUGUUACUGUGCGGUGACGGAACAACUAAUUCUGGGGAACUCAGCAGCACUGGGGAACCGGGGACAAAACGCCACGUGGUAAUUUUGCUACGGAACGGCACCCAGGGCUCCGUGUACGUCGAUGGUCAGCGUGUCGGAGAUGCGUCAUGUGAAUUGGGAGAAGCAGAAUCGAAAGGGAUCUCACACUUCCACAUUGGAGGGGAUGGAGACAAGACACGGGAACAAGAAGGCGUGCCUGUGACGGUGACGAACGUCCUGCUGUACAACCGCCCGUUGAGUUCCGCGGAGAUGACUGCGCAUAACACAAUUAAACUUUCUAUUUCGCAAACAGCGAAAGAAGGAGAAACGGAUGAAGGUACCGCCCUUGACGGUGGAGCACACGGUGAUGCCAGCAAUCAUUGCGGAAGCGGACUGCUGCCAUCGCUGCUUCUUCUGUUGGGACUGUGGUGGUUUGCGUCUCUGUGA